CAUUGUUGGGGUAUUUCAAGAUGGCGCUGGACUGUGGCCCAGGAUGCCGCUGCCGUGGACACAAACACGGCCAAGGAUUUAAGUAAUCUUCUGCGGGGCGACAACAAACAGGUGCAACGCGGAAAACAUAUCCUCCGUCUUAACAUGAAACGGUGCCAUGGUUGACCCGGUGAGUGUCCGGUAAGGCCGAAGUCCUCCGUGGCUAAAAUGGUAGCCCCUUCCUCCAAGAACAACAGAAGCUGCUGCCGCCGCGGAGCUCGGCUGACCGGACAGAACGACGCGUUACCGGGUUUUGCUAACGGGACCGAGGCUCGUUCGGCGGACUGAGAGGCGAUGGAAGCAACGAAGGAAAACGGGGGCUCAUUUAGCGUCGACUUGAACGAGAAUGAGGAGGAAUUAGAGGGAGGAGGGGGGAGAGCGGGUCAAAAAGCUGGUGUCGCACUCAAAGCCGGUGUCAGCGGGGGUCCGGAAGCCGGGAAGGGUCAUACUUAUGUGACCGGUAACGGGAGGAAUGUAAACACAGACGCCCCGGUACAGCCGCCCCCGCACGACACGGAGCCAGUGUUGGGUUCAGUGGAGGUGGAGAAGUUCCUCCCAGGCCGGUUGACGGACAGCUGUGUGGUUUCGGGAGUCUGCGGUGAGCACGGCGGCCUGAACGGGUUCAGCGGGUCCGUGGCCGGGAGGAGCCCGUCACGGUCGGCCUGGGAGGAGGAGCAGCUGCCGUCCGCGGUCGGAUUUCAGUGGAGACUGGCGGACAGAUGCGGCAGGAACCAGCGGGGGGCUCCGCGGCGGACACCCCGGACUCCGGCCACUGCUCUGCGGGGGGAGAAGCGGCUCCCGGCGGCUGUGUCCGGACCUCCGUGUCCGCUCAGCCGCCAUGGACGGUGAAGCACCAGCGGAACCGUGGGGCUCUCCCGUGUCCGGAUGUAAACAUGCCCAACGGGGACAUAACCAGUCCUGGAUCUACUGCGGUCCACUUUAAACAGACUGGACCCUGUUCUGGCCCGAUUCGGGACCACAGACUCGGUUUUUGUGACGUGGACGUGGAGGUCAAAGUGGCCAACGGUGGUUUACAUAUUGGAAAACCAGCCACGGGUGACCGGGACCACCCAGACCACACCGAUGGCCGGUCGGACCUGGGGCCAACCCACGAACCUGUUUUUCCACAGAUGGACCCGGGGCUCAGAGGGCGGGGGUCGGCCUCUCAGUGCCCGGCAGAGGAUGUGCCCCCUCCGCCCUGCCCCCCCCCUGCUUGUGACUCUCCCACCGCGGGAUCAAGUGCCAAACUCCCCCCACCUUGUACGCCCCCCGACCCCGACCUGAACGGCGACUUCCCGGGCUAUGACCCGGACCUCGGGGACUCGGAUGAGGACGUGGCGGACCUCCGGUGUCCCGUCCGGCCGCAGACUCUGAGGACUAACCCCACCCUGUCCGUGUCCCUGAGCUGCGACGCCACCCCGCUGUCCCCGGACGAAGAUGGGGGCUUUUAUUUUGGAGACGGGGUCUACGAGGAGGACCUCCGGACCGUGUUGGACGCGGGUCGCAGGCAGAGCGCCCCGGACAAACUGCAGGAGGUGGUCGGACAGACGGACGGCUCGGACCCCAGACUGAUGCCAAAGAGGUGCAUCGCAGAUUUCUUCACCAGGAGCCUGUUUUCUAGGAAGCCCAAAGAGCCCAAGGUGCCGUCCCAUAAUGCAACAGGCUGGCGACUGUUCGGCAAGGCAGCAAACAAGAGAGAGCGACGCGACUAAAAGACACGUCGGACACAUCAGAAACAGCAGGAAGAGCAGAUGAGGGACAUACUGUCCUCGUGUCCUCAAUGUCCUCCAUCUGCAGGGAGGAGGAAGAACCUGGAGUUUGAGCCUCUGUCCACCACAGCGCUCAUCCUGGAGGACCGGCCGGCGAACCUGCCAGCAAAAUCUAUGGAGGAAACUCAGAGACACAAACUGGAGUAUGAGGAGAUGGUGGCUGGAGCCAAGAGGAGAGAGCUGAAGGAGGCGCAGAAGAAGAAGCGUCAGAUGAAGGAGAGGCACCGACAGGAGGACAUCAUCUCCAAUGCCAUGGUCAUCUGGAACAAUGAGAUCCUGCCACACUGGGACACCAUGAAGGGGACGAGGCGUGUCCGGGAGCUGUGGUGGGCGGGCCUUCCUCCGAGCGUCCGUGGAAGAGUUUGGAGCCUCGCCAUCGGCAACGAGCUCAACAUCACAGCAGAGCUGUAUGAGAUCUUCCUGUCACGAGCCAAAGAGAAGUGGAGGAGUUACAGCGAAACCAGUUCAGUGAACGACAGUGAGAGCGAUGGAGGAGCGUCUCUGGCCGACAGAGAGUCCAGUUUAGACCUUAUCAAACUGGACAUUUCCAGAACCUUCCCCUCUCUGUUCAUCUUCCAGAAGGGCGGCCCCUACCACGACCUCCUCCACAGCGUACUGGGAGCCUACACCUGUUACAGACCUGACAUCGGAUAUGUCCAGGGUAUGUCAUUCAUCGCUGCUGUGCUGAUCCUGAACCUGGAGGAGGCUGAAGCCUUCAUCACCUUUGCCAACCUGCUCAACAAACCCUGUCAGAUGGCCUUCUUCAGAGUCGACCAUGAACUGAUGUUAAAGUAUUUUUCCGCCUUUGAAGUUUUCUUCGAGGAGAAUUUGCCUCACCUCUUCAACCACUUCCAGACCAACAGCCUGACCCCUGACCUCUAUCUGAUCGACUGGAUCUUCACCCUGUACAGUAAGUCCCUCCCCCUGGACGUGGCGUGCCGGGUGUGGGAUGUGUUCUGUCGGGACGGGGAGGAGAGUCUGUUCCGGACGGGGCUGGGCAUCCUGCGUCUGUAUGAGGACGUCCUGCUGCAGAUGGACUUCAUCCACAUCGCUCAGUUCCUCAGCCGGCUGCCUGAAGACCUGCAGUCGCACACGCUGUUCAACGCCAUGGCCAACACCCACAUGGUCAGCAGGAACCGCCGCUGGGCUCAGGUGUUUUCUGCCUUGAUGAAGGAUGGAAAUAAAGAGACAGACAAAAACAGCAGCCCAGCUUUGAGAAGCUAACGCUGGCUAAUGUCACGUUGACUCA